CACACCCCUACUUAAGAUAUCGUUACACUAAAUACCAGCUCUAUUCAAAUCGAGAGUCUAAGGAGUACAUACAGCAAAAAACUCCUUAUUUGCUUCAGGCUAUAUUUCGGCUUUUUAGCUCUCACGGGCGGCACCGGCUCUCAAUAUGUCUGUUGACUUCGAGAAAGACGUUAUCCUUCUUACCUGCGCGAGCGGCAAACAAUGCUCCCGACUUAUUCCCCUGCUCUACAAUAAAUGGAGACAUAUAAGACUCGCAGUGAACAGUGCAGCCUCCGCGCAACGCCUGGAGGCAGAAUACCCAAAUGCGACAGUUUUGCAAGCCGAUAUGGCCAGGAUAGAAGAUGCCCAGCGGAUACUGUCGGGGGUUACUUCGGUGCUAUACAUUGGGCCUUCUGCUCAUUGCCAUGAAACUGAGAUGGGCUUUACCAUGAUCGACGCGGCUCGUCGCGAAUCCCAGAUUGGUAAUCUCAAGCACUUUAUUUACUCCUCGGUAUUGCAUCCGAGGAUCCGAAAACUACUGAAUCAUGACUGCAAGCGAUACGUGGAAGAAUAUUUGGUCGAGUCUGGACUUGACUACACCAUCGUGCAGCCGAGCCACAUUCUAGAUCCGUUCCCGGUCGAGAUGCUGGUGAAAUCAGAAUCGCCUGUCUUUCCGGCAAGCUUUAAUGUGAAUGUGAAAUUCUCAUUUACGGUUUUGCAAGAUCUGGCUGAAGCGUUCGAAAUUAUCCUCGAAGAAAGAGAAAAGCAUUUCUUGGCGGAAUAUACGGCUUGCUCUACUGGGCCGAUCUCUUAUGCCGAUGUGAUUGAGAUUUUAAGCAAAGAAAUUGGAAAGCCUAUACAGAUUCAACAAAGAGAGUUCUACGAGUCAGCUGGCCAAUUGCAGACUCUCAUUGCUGGCAAAAAUGCCGAUGUGUCGCCAGGUACCCGUGAUACCAUUCAUCGCCUGCUACUAUACUAUGAUUUUUACGGAAUCAAAGGCAACCCGAACGUGCUAGGGUGGUUGAUUCGGCGGAGACCGACAAGUGUUCAGGAAUACUUCCAGCGGAGAAUCGCGGAAUUGAACUAGUCAUAGACCAGUGACCUUGUUCUCCGCAUAAUGAUAGGGUGGAUUAAUAGCAGUUCUAGAACGUAUCACGUCAUUUUUAACCUAAAAAUUACUAGUAUGUUGCUCAUUUUAA